AUGAGUUGGACGCUGGCCAUAAACCAUGCCACGGUGACAACGCCAAUUCUGUUCGCCUCAUCGGUGCUGACCAAUUCGAAUGGUCAAGCUGGAAAUGCAAUGCUUUAUGGCGCCACAUUAAUUUGCAGCCUCUUCUUCUCCACCCUGAUCUUUGGAGUUUUGGGCUCCAAGAAGGGCCUUUCUCUUUCCAUGGGACUGUAUUGCGUUUACGUUGGCCUUUUUGCGACCGCUGCUUUGAUGUGUGAGGAAAAGGUUGAUGGCUCCUGCGUCAAGAGCAACUCCUACCAACUGAUAAUAAACUUGGCAGGGGCCUUUGUAGGUGGAAUUGGUGCUGGUAUUCUUUGGACUUGCCAGGGAGCCUUUUUCUCGUCCAUUUGUGAGCGCGUGGCUGUGGCAGAGGACCGCGAGACUCCCAACGUCACCGCUGAGCUUGCUGGAAACUUUGCGCUGAUCUUCUUGGCAAUGGAGGCUGCCGUCAGAGCUUCUGCAACCCUUUUGACAAAAUACGCUCACUUGAACUACCCAGCGGUUUUCUACAUUUUCUCAGGCCUGGCCCUGGCAUCAGCAUUGGCCUUCCACGUUCUCGCUACAGAAACGGGCUCCACUGCUCCAAGUGGCUCCCUCUGUGCCAAGGCAACCAGUGCCAUCCGUCUUUGGAAAGAUCCAAAGAUUUGGGUGUUGCAAUGCACGAAUUUGACCUUUGGCUUCGCAGCGGCCUGGCUGGGUGGCUAUGUCGGAAGGUACAUCGUCAAUCCAGCCCUUCAUGGCGCCCAAUUCAUCGGCUUUGCAGGAGCCAUGCUGUCAGCGCUGGCCAGUGUCUUGUCGGCUGGAUUGGGCGUUGUUGCGAGGAAGCUGGGCAAAGGCCCUGUGGUUGCUCUUGGUGCAGCAGCAUUCCUGAUGUUGGCAGUGCUCAGUAAGUUUGUGGGCAAUCCAGCCACGUGGGGAUGGGGCGUUCUGGUCUUUUACCUGCUUAUGGGAAUUGGCCGAGCAGUGUACGAGAGUACCAAUAAGGCAAUCUUUGCAGACUUCUUCCCUGGUGAGGCGAGCGCUGGCGCCUUCGCGAACGUUUUCGUUUUUGGCACCUUGGCCUCGACCAUCGCCUUCACCCUUGGUGCUACUUCCAAGAACUUGAGCGAAUUGUACCUGCUGAUGAUCUUCGCAAUCCUCACAGUGCCGGGCUACAUUACCGCCUCCUUUGUCAAGCGCUGUGAGGAGUCCUCCUCUGCAGACUGUGCGGAAUCUUCGUCAUCUGCUUGA